CCGAGGUUUUAUGCCCACAAAUUGGUCUUCUGGAACCUGCUCGUCGUCCACCACCAGGCCCGAGCUGGAGCCGCUUCACUCAUGUAGAGGGAAAGAUUUGGAUAUGCUGGAGGUUGCUUGGUGGAGGCAUCGCGCGACGGUAUCUUCAGCCGUUUUAAGGAGACUUGGCCUCGCUAUUCCGCACACGUAACGACGACCGUUAUCAGAAACCACGUCAGCAACGCUUGAGCCUCGAGUCGGGUCGAAGCGGUAGGGCAAUGAACGCCGGUGCAUGGUAUCGUGUGUGCAUGAUAUAUUGCAUAACUUCUGCCGAAUAGCCCUCGGUAGAUGUGCGCUUGGACCACCGCAAUGAUACCUGUAGCAUCCAACACCGGCACGAGUUUAGUGGUUUUGGCCUGCAUCAAUGCUACGGUUGUGUCGCCGAGGGAGAUCAUGGUACCUAAAGGUAACCAGGAACGCGACCUUCUCCAUUGCAACAUGAUUUUAUCAACGUUAUCUCUACUCGUCUGUCUUUACUGGAGCCUCUGCCACUGGGAUGCAGUGCAGAAUCUCAGCUUCCUGGUCGCUCUUCUGCUCAUCGUUGAGGAAGUGCGGGUGAUCGCACAGUACUGGGGACGACACCUUAACCGUGUAGCUGCACGUCUGCGUCUCCUUGACUGUCAAAAUAUGAUGACUCGUUCCUCCCUGACUGCAGUAGUAGAAUACUUUAGCCUUUCGCGGUGCAUGGCUCUCAAACUCCUUGCAGAACGUGCCGUGGUCGUACAGCUCCAAGUAAGCGGGACGCGACACAUCAUGAGUUGCGUCAAUAUGCUCCGAGACCAACGCCGAGCCUGAACGCUCCAGCUCUCGGUUGCCUGCUGCGUCGAACGUGCCCAGUGAGAACUCAGCAGUGAUACGACCGUCUCCGUCCCUAUGGUACUGUCUCAGUGAGCGCCCGAAGCAGAAUUCGUACGUCCACCAGCCUUCAUUCCGCGUGACACACGUCCGAGCGUCCUCCAGCGGCUGCAACAGCGAGCGCACCGUAAACAAGUCGUUGUCGUCUGCGUCCGAAUGAUGCGGGUCGCAAAAUACUCUCGAGCCCACGAGGAAGGCAGCAACUUCACGAGGUCCUCCUUUCGGCGAAUCAUCUCUCCACUUCACAGCCGAAAUGCCAUCGUCUCGCGACGUGGCGCUGCAGAUAAAUUGCACUUGGAUCUGCUGUUCAUCUUUGCCAAACGUCUGCGUGAAGAGCGGCUUGCGAUGAUUUUUCACUCGAUCUUGCGUCUCCUGCAUGGCGAACUGGUCGUAGCUCAGUGCCGGGCGACUGGAGUCUGAUACAAACGCACCGAGUUCCUCCACUUCAUGUCCGGUACCUUCGAGUUUACCUUUCGAAGUUGCAGUUUUAAGACUUACGCGGCGAAUUAACAGGCCCGAGCAGACCUCGUAGACCCAUUCGGUCUCCUUGUCUACGUAUUGUACGCACUUGGGUCUCACCUUCUGCGCCGCUGCCCGGCCAAAGUUUAAGAAGGCGGCGAGCUGCUCCUUCUCCGCCUUUUCCUUAGUAGUCAGCGAGUCUGUCGCGUCGGCUGCCGCGUCAUCGACUUCCGAGGCCAGCGGCGGCAGGAAACACUCGAAUUGCUGACCCGACUCAGUCGUCAUGAGCUGUGAGCGCAUCUUAACGCCGUCCUCGGGCGGACUGAAGCCAUCACGUGUCGCAUGCAGCUGUACCACAUACGAGGCAUCUAGAGAGGACGCGAACGGCGCUGCGGAAGCCACAGAAGCCGCACUCAGAGCAGCCAGCGCUGCUACUAACCGCCGCGUCAUCGCCUUGAUCGCUCUAAAGGGAAUCAGAUGAGCGGGGUUUGAAUCAGAUCAUCUGAUACUAAAAGUACAUGUAGCCAUACUCACAUUAAGUACGAAUGAAAGAUAACUUGGAGUGCGACGAUGAGGCCUUGCUAAAUAAACCUGGUUGCGACCGGUGCGUAACGCCCCAGAAUGUCAUCUCAGCUCAAGGCAUUCACGUUAGCUCAGGAAACCCACCGGCAAGUCCUGUGCUUCUUUACAGAGGAUGGACCGGUCAUCGUCGUGGACUAAUGCCGGUCGAAAUGCCGACUACAUCCCUCCAAGUCGUGUUGCGAGGAUGGCUGUUCCAAGUUCUCGACCUCCUCCAGGUAGCACAGCUGAAGCGGUAGCAACAGCUCGACGCGCAGAAUAUGGCACUGGAGAAAGGAUUCUCCCAGUGUUGCCUACAGCCCCCAGCGCUUCCAAGCGAAGUAGCUGGACGACGCCUCGCUCUUCGUCCGACCCAAUGGACGACCAGUUCCACCAGUCCACCAAUGAAGCUCUUUCUCCACCGCCACGCCGUGCCGAGAUGGCGUCCAUGGCAGCAACAAGGAGAGCGGAACCGGUUCGCCAACGUCCGGUAACAGAUGGUCUCUAUGCGUCCGACACAGAGCAGGCUCAGCUCGCAUAUAUGGAGCAAAUGUACGGCACGAUUAACUUAUUAAACGCUGAGUUGGAGAACGAGCGCCGUAGUCGAGUUGCUCUUGGCACAGCAACACGGCCGUCAACGUAUCCAGCCAUGUCAGACUAUUCUUCACUAGAAGAGGACGUUCAAAUCCCCGUAAGUGAGUUCGAUGAGCCUUCAACUGGCUUCAUUGUGUCUCAAUCACCCGUCGCGCCUGCUAAUUCACCCAGGAAGCUGAGAACCAUGCCGUCGCCGCCAUUACAGCCCCCGCAUCGUGUAGCACGACCCCCAAUGUCACCUCGAGCUAUCGUUACAGACCAGGACAAAGAGCUGUGUGCAACACUGGGCAAGAACGCUGAACUACGCAUCCGCUCUCGAGACAUGGAGCGUACAGUGGAGAAGACGGAGCUGGAAUUGGAGCUGGCGCGCAAGCAGGUCAAGAUGGCAGAGCGACGAGCUGAGAAUCGCGAGGAAAAACUCCGCGAGUUACUCAAGGAGAAGCUCAAUUGGCAGAAAGAACUCAAAGCAACACGCGCGCAGGUCGUGGAGGAGAAAAUGCGGCAGGUUGACUUAUUCCGUGAGGUUGAAGCGGCUAAACGUCAGUUUGUCGUUGAAUUAGAGACCGUGGAUCAAGAAUUACGGGCUGCUCAGGAAGAGAAUACGCAGCUCCGUACCCACGCAGCUGAGAUGAAGGCGCAGAUGAACUUCCAGGCUCGGAAAAUGGAGGAGAUGGCGCGUCAAGCUCAGGACGAAAAGGCUCGAUUUGUGGCGGUGAUUGAGGACACCAGACAUCGAUUCCGAGAGUGGAAGGAAGGGGAGGCGGAAGUUCUGUCUGCUGCACACGACCAGGCCAUGCGAAAUCUCAAAACGGAGUACGAACUGAAGCUGGAGAGACAUCAGGAUGAGAAGCAGAAGCUACGAGACAAGGUGAACGACUUGGAAGUGUCCGUGCGGCUCUUGCAGAAGGAUCGGACGCUGUCUCCGCUUGAGCUUAGCCUGCGAAAGACAGCCAUUCUGGGUAGUAAAGACAACACUAGCACGGUUGAGGCUGAGCAUAUUGAGACGCAGUCUCGGAUCCUGGAGCUUGAGAAUCUGCUGGCACACUCGCAAGCGUAUCAAGCGCGACAAGAGAGUAUUAUCAAGCUCUCUGAGGCAACUAUAUCUCGCCUCAUGCAGGCGCGUGAGGUCACGGCGUUGGAGAAUUUGAGUUUGCAUCCGUUUGGCGUCGAGCCUCGAAGUGAAGAUUUAUUGUACGAUACGCAGCUUACGGGAUUCGUUACGACGCCAUCGAGACCUGCUAGACCGAUGUCUCCACCUAAAACCCCGUCCAGAAGACCUCAAAGCGGAGUUAAGAGCAAUGAGCCUCCCAUUGUCUCGUCGCCGAAAUCUAAGGCUGACACUCCAAGGCGUGAAGACCAGGCAGAAAACUCGAGACCAAGCUCGAGAGAGAAAACGCUGUUGGACGAACUCGAACAGCUACGCAAAGAACUAGCUGAAGCACAAGCUAAGGCAGCGGAACAUGCGGUCACAGCAGAUGCAUACAACGCUGAAGUUCAGCAAAGUGUCGACCUGAAUUCGAAUGACAUACCAGAUUCACAGGGUGUCGCUAACCAUCUUCCCGAUGUCCAGCAUGAAAGUGGAGUUAUAGAGACUACAAAGGAUAUUGCUAACGAAGCACCAUUGCAGCUCUAUGCAAAAAAUGCCGAAGUGCCUCCUGAGGCUGAGCUUGAACAACACACGGAGGAUCAUUCAAGUGAUGCAGUAACGAACGAUACGAAUGACAAGAUGUCGUGUGAAUUAUUUGAAGAGACUCCGUUUCCGAAUUCAGAUGAAGAAUGGCCUUCUGACACCAUUGCGCCUGCAGCGAGUUCAGUGGAUUUCAUCACGAAAGAAUCAGAUAAGACAUUACAGAACGAGUCAGGUCCGAGCGAAAUUCUAAGCGCCAAGAUUGAAAUCCGAAAUGACAGCGCGACAGAAGUGCCAAUAGUGGAAUCAUGUGAUGCUAGUGAACCCCGUACGCCGAUUGAUGAAAAGGUAAGCACUCAAGAACUCAGCGAGUUGGUCAAUGAUUCUAUCACAAAUGACGCGAAAUUUGAUGAAUACAAUUUUCAACCAGAGGAUAUCACAGCUGCCGUCACUGAAAGUUUCGAGGAUUCGUCACCCAUAGAGGAGCCGUGUACUUCUCGACAUCUUUCUGCUGAGCCCGUCACCUCGACUGAAGAAACCACUGAUCACGGUCUGGAUACUGAGGCUUCUUCCGACUACUUGGAACACGAAAACGCAUCUGAGUAUGCAGACAAAACUAAAACUCGCGAGGCAAGCGAUUUACCUUCUCUUGACACCACUGAAGGGGACACAAGCAUCAACUCAAACAUUGCCAUGGAAGAAGAAGCUAUUGUGGGUGAACCUGAUAUCGGUGCCGUGUUGGAGGAUGCCAGUCAAAUUCUUGAUCUAAGAAUCGAUGACGGAGAAGACGAGUUAGCUGUUGUGAAUGCUGACGAAGAACUACCUUCAUCAGAAGCAGCUGCAGAGAUCGCGGAUAACGUGGAAGGUCGCGACAUGGCCACCACAGCCUACGAACAGAGUAGAGAUGUGUACAGCUCCGAAUUGGAAACAGAACCAAUGAGGCAUGACCAAUCAAUCGUCAGUGAGUCUGAUGGCAGGCCUGAAGUCGCUGCCAAUGAUUUACCUGGCGAAGAACCAAAUCCACUGGAAAGUGAAGGGAAAACAAGCGUAGAAAUGGAGAUUACCGACCAUGCGGACAAUAAAGUCGACGCUGAAAACCCGGGCAUACUGGACGUAGCAGAUUCUUCGGUUGAAAACGCUAAGCUUGAUGAUGCUCCUUCGAUCGAGACUCAAGAGAUUCGUAUUCUACCCGUGAAAAAACCAAGCGAAAUUACAGAGACAAUGGAGCCGAUAGGAUCACAAACUGAAGUGUCGAGAUUGUUGCAAGAAGAAAACGUAGCCUCAUCGUCUAUUCCUCCUGAGAUGCUCAAGAUGUCGCCCCUUGAUUCAGCAGACAGCGUGGCCGAAGCACUGAUUGAGAUUGUGGAGUGUGUUUCAUCGCAUCAGGAUAGCAGAGAGGAUGUCUCGGAUGGUGUGCCUGACAACGCUGACAUUACGGAACUAGCUGACCCAGCGUCUACCCUGGACCUUCUUCCAUCAGAAACACCAGAAGCUUGUGUGGCUAAAGUGCUCGUUGAUCUUGCGGAAUGCACUGCACUUUCGAGGGUUAUCUCUAUUCAGAAAAGCAGUGAUGCUUCAGAGAGGGAAGAGGAGCUGCCUAAUGUUGCAGAUGUGAUAGAAGAUGCUGUCAUCCAGGUGAUUGGUAUUUUAGAUGCAGAAGACAAUACAGAUGAAGUUCCCUCGGCAAAAGAGGAAUUGUCUCCUCCAGUUUUGAACGCCGAGGUGGAAGACGGUACCACCCCAUCGAUCGAUACUCUGGCAAAACCAGAUACAAACUCUCCCGUUGAUGGCGAACCAGACGAUUGUGGUGUACUAGCGAGCUCUGAGACCGAUGCUGGUGCCACGGAAAGCAUUGUUGAAGCAAAAAAGGACGUCCAGGUAGCGGCUGCUGUCGCGAAGGCUUGCGCUACGAACUUUGUGAAUGAUCUUAUGGAGAUACUUGACCAUGCUCCUUCAAUCCGUGGAAACCAGGAGAUCGAUGAAGUUGCAGAUGCGAACACGAGUGCGAAUACUGUUGAAGUUGUGGCGGUAGAUAUCAGUGUUCCUACGUCGACAAAUGGCAUCGAUGAUUCCGCCACUAACGCAAUGGAAGAUUCACAUCCAAUAGUGAGCGUUCCUUUAGUCAAUGACGAAGUCGUGGAAUCUUUAAACUACGCAACUGCAGUUCCUGACAACACACCACAGACUGAGGAUGUAUCAGCAUCGACCGAGAUUAUUGGGCAGGAACCACGUGUUAGAGAGCAAGAAGUUGGUUCCUCACCCGAGCAAAGCGGAGAUGCAGGUGCCAUGCCUUUGGAACAAAUCACCACCGACGGUUGUAUUCAGGAUGUCGUGAACGAUGUUGGUGAUAUUCUGACGAUUGUUAUAGACCUCGUAGACUCAGUUGAGGCACUAUCUUCAGUCGUGCGCCCGCAGCAAAACGAUAGCUUUGAUGAUACGAACGUGGUCGAUGAGCAUGGAUGCGACGAGUUGGGACCGGAGUCUAUUAACGAAAUGACGUCGAUCGAGCAGAAUGAGUCGGAUGCACGUACCAGCGAGUCUGAAGUCUUAUCGGGAAUGAAAGCUGAGGUCGAGGAACCUCACGUUGUGGAAGCAAACAGCAUUGAGGAGUCAGACCGUACAAACGACGAGUCGGAAAUCUCUCAGAUCAUUCAGGACUGCGUGGAAGCAGUGGAAAACGCUGCAAUUGAUUCCACGAGUGAGCAUAGCAAUGCUGUGGAAACACCUGUAGCACUUGACAUUGAGAGGCCAAAAGCCUCGAUUUGUGAUGAAUUUGCAACACAGGAGAUUGUUUCAGGCGUGGCCAGCCUUUUUGCUUCCCAGGCCAUCGCAGUAGCGCUCAGCAGACUGUCCAAUUCUUGCGAACGAGUAGCCGAUGUGGAGGCGAUAGAAGAAAACAACAGAAUCGAGGACCCUUGUACGGCCGAAUUGGAGAUCGAAGUUACCCCCGAUACCGAUCAAGAUGAGAGUGAGCCCACACCUGACGACUCCAGUGCGCCGAUCCUGGAACCUGCGGUCAGUGAAGUCCAACAGCAACAACCACAACCAACAGCUGACAAUGACCCAAAUACUUUGGCUUUGGACGACGGCUCCACUCAAUUGAACGAUGAUGCUAUUGUAUCAGACGUCGCUGCACUGCCUUCCAGCUCUGCACCUAACGAGGCGUUGGUAGUGGAAGAGUUCUUGUUCACCACUACCAGCAUUGUCGCGUCGACGAUGCAAGGUUUGGUUGAUGCAGUUGAAAACUGCUGUCAAGUCGAGAAAGAGAACUUAAACGAGUCCAAGACACCUGACCAGGAGGUUGAAGCUAGCGAAUCUCUAGAUACAAAGAUGGAGGAUACUGACAAACACGAUGAGAUUGAACUUUACGCUGCGACUCGUUUUGGUUCGUCACUUGAAGAUGGCAAGCAUGUUAUUUGUCUUACUAUGGAAAGUCUUGUGAAUGCAGUUGUUGCUGCCAAUGAUGCCAACUCCAGACCACAUCCUGUCGAUGAAUCAAUAGUAGAGCGAAGAUAUACCCCGAAACACGCCCGAUCAGUUCGCUUUGACAUUACCACGAUAGAAGAGCAACCUGAUCGUCUCAACGUACCUCGGCGGUCAGUAUUACUAUGGCAAGCUCCUAACGACAAAGCUUGUGCAAAAGAAGCUGUCGAGAGUUCAGCCAAACGGAGGGCCAGCAGAAGACGCAUAUCUCGACGUACCCUUCCUGAUCUGCUUGCAUUCCCGACUGAGAUGGCCAGAUUCACCUCGAGUGAUACCACACUAUUGGCUUAUGAUGCUCGACACGAACAAGGCCACAUUUGUUCACUACUUGAUCAAAGCAUUCUUACCAUCGAUCCAAAUCGCCGGCAUAUUGAUUUGGAUGAUCCAGAUGAGCGAGUCCAGAGCAAAAUAAUUGGAAAGCGUAAAACGUUGACGCAAGAAAUCCAUUCUAAAAACCUGGCACUGCGUCAAAUUCCUCGGUUCAAUUACGCACCCAUGCGUAUCAAGUUCCAAUGGUCCGAUUUCGUUGUUGCAACCCCAGUGCGACCCAGUAGCAGUAAUCUGGGUGAAGUGAAGCCACCGGUGGAGCCGAUGCGUUUACUACUGAAGAAAGGAGCGAAGCUCCCGUGUGGGAGUUACGUCAUCGUAUCUGCUUUCAUUCGGCCACUUGAAGACGGGAAUGAAAAUCUGCGCGUACAGAUCUAUGACGCCGAGCGUGUGGAAGAGUUUCAGUUUGAUUUCUCGGAAGAUUUAAUGAAGAAGUAUCACUUGGAGUCAACGGGGAUGGAAGCGCAGUCACUCGAAUUCCUUGGACAUCUCCAAUUCCGUCGUGAUGAAGACACUGUUAUCAUUAAACUACCCGAAAAGAAAGCUGGAGAGGGAAGUAAAUCUGGCAUUGAUCGAAUCCAAAGUGAACUUACGAUGGUCGGAGCUGGAGAUCCGCGAAAACGUGACCCACCAGUAUGAACGCCAACUUGUAUGGAUCUCAAGUUUUCGAGUGAUUCAGAUCUUUUUUUCGUUGGAGCGAGAAUGAGUCAGUUUUACUUUUUGUAUUGGUGACGGUGGGCAUUAACUGAGGCGCAGGAGUGUUAAUGGGGAAUACGCUUCUCAUCGCGAAAUACCCGUGUUACUAUCUAAUACUACGAUGUUCAUGCUUCCAUUAAAGCCCAGUUCCAGCCGCCGUUCUCAAUGCAGUUCAUUAUACAGGAAAUAGAACUCAAUAAGGCCGACAAGGCACCUCCAGUCGCGUUUCCUUGAAUCGGUUUGUCGAAGACCGCGGUGGGUAUGGGGAUAGAAUUUGCUGACGCGACAUUGCUUAGACGGACGCAACAAAGUUCUUUGGUGAUCCAUCAAGCCAUUGCCUCAGCUGGGGGCUCUUGAGCGUCGGCGUGAUGGAGUGAUCGAAGUCAAACGUCUCCUGCUGCAGAGCGACAUCGAUCGUUGGUGGUGCCAAGCGUUUGUGCGGUGAUGGCUGACGGCCGAUUCCGAAAGUUGACGCAUUUGCGUGAGGGAAAGCUACCGACACAUCCGUGCGAAGUCGAGGCGAGCGACGAAGAAUUCCACCGUUUUCACUUGAAAUCUCCUGUGGUACAUGCAAAUGUCAGUAAGAAUUAAACAAGAUAUUCGUAGCCCGGGUCACUCACGAAUUCAAGAGUAUUGGAGUCCAGUUCGGUAGGGAAGUCGAGGUCAUCAAAGGAAAACUUUGUUCCGUCAGCCUUCAUGAAACCUGCAGGCGACAUGAAGCGCGGAGAUCGACGCAAACUAUGCGGAGGCUGCAGUCCCUGAGGCGUGGGCAUGUUAAAGAACUCGGCCACUUGCUGCUAGCGUCACACAUAGAAAUACAAUUAGCGCAAGUCACAUAAAUCACCUUUAAAAAGAGCAACUCACCUC